UCACCAUCAUCAUCACCAUCAUCACCUCCACCUCAACCACGACCUCCAACACCAUUACCUCCACCUCCAUCACCUCAACAUUAUUCACCAUGCCCAUCAAUACCACAAGCAUUUUCACUUCCACCUCAACCAUCACCUACAUCAUCACCACCAUCAUCACCACCUCCACCCAAAACUCCAUCACCAUCACCAUCAUCAUCUCCACCAAAAUCACCAUCACCACCAGCAUCACCUCCACCAUUUCCAACUGCACAUCAAUCACCAUCACCAUCAAAACUUUCACAUCCAUCACCACCACCUCAAUCAUCACCUCCACAUCACCUCCACCUCCAUCACCUCAACUUCAAUCAAUAUCACAAUCACUUCCACCACAUUGAUCCCCACCACCAUCAUCAUCACCAUUUCCAACUGCAAAUCAAUAUCACCAUCACCUUCAUCACUUUCAAUUCCACCAUCCCCUACACCUUAAUCGCCAUCACCAUCACCACCAGCAUCAUUAUCACCUUCACCUCAAUCAUCACCUCCAUCUCCAUCAACACCACUUCCAUCACCAUCACCUCCACCUUAAUCAUCAUCACCAUCACCAGCAUGAUCAUCUCCACCUCCACCAUCACCUCCGACUCCAUCACCAACACCUCCAUCAACAUCACCUCAAUCUACAUCACCUCAACCAUUUCCAACUCACCAUCAUCUCCAACUCCACCAUCACCUCCAUCUGCACCCUCACCACCAUUUCUAACUCCACCUCCACAUCAAUCACCAUCACCUCCACCACCACCACAACCUUCAUCACCAUCUCCAUCACCUCCACCUCCACAAUCACCAGCAUUUCCAACUCCACAUCCACAUCUAUCACAAUAA